AUGGCCAGCCCCGACGGAUCGCCCAGCCCAGCACCCUCGCCCUCAGCCAGCAACAUCGACCGCGAACGCAAAAGCUUCCAGGGAGAACACCACCGCCACCGAUUCAUGCACAACCCCCAUCUGCGCCCCCCCAACAACGCCCACUACUCCCCACACUAUGGCUCCCCCACCAGCCAGCAGCAGCCAUCCCCCAGCAGCAAGCGCAAGCCACCCCCGCCCCUAGAACAACAACCCAACAUCAACAACAAACGCACAAACACCCCCUCCCCAACCCACAACAACACCCGCAAACGCACAAACACGCCCUCCCCCACACCCAGCCCGCGCUCAGGAACAGCCAUCGUCAGGAAGAUCGGAUCAGCACUCACCGCACCCUUCAGGCACUCAGCCUCACGCCGAGGAUCGGAUGCAUCGGAGAUCGGGCCCAGCGAUAUCCACGACCUGCGCCAGCUCGUCACCCCCGAACAUCUGCCAUGGAUGCCGAGCCCGGGCUCUGGCGGGGCAGACGAGAACCAGGACGGGGCGCUGACGGAGGCCCAGCAGAUCAUCCGCCAGACGCGCACGCCCCGCGACGAGCGGGGCUCGCCGGAGCGCGUCCUGCGGGUCGUCAACGGCUCGGCAAGCCUCAGCACGCGCGCCUCGACGAGCCGGCAGAGCGCGCUCGACCAGCUCUGCAACACCACCCAGCCGCUCAAGAUCAGCUCGCGCCACUCCUUCCAGUCCGCCCUUACCACCACCACCGCCACCACCACCACCAAGGCCGGCUGCUCCAAGUGUCUCGCCCUCGAGCACCAGCUCGCCGUCGAGAGCGACCGCGCACGAAACCUCGAACUCGCCCUCGACGCCCAGACCCAGAAACUCGACCAGCUCCGCACCUGGGCCACCGCCAAGGUCUCCCACCUCGACACCACCCUCAGACAGCAGGAACAGCUCCUCCAACAGGUCGAGCAACAGAUGGCCCAGAAACGCGGCCCCGACAUCAAGAGCGACUAUCUCAUCGCCCUCCAGAAAGACUUCGUCGACCUCAACGCCCGCCUCGCCCUCCUCGAAUCCAAGCACGCCCCGCAAGACGACGCCGACACCAACAACACCCCCGAAGACGAUCUCCGACAGUCCGAGUACAUCUCCACGCUGCGCGACCAGCGCCCGGCCCGCGACAAAACCCGCGCAUACUCCACCCCUCCCCUCGCCACCACGACGCCCGGGGCCCACGCACGCGCGCCCUGGAAGCCGGCCUCGCCGGCCACCAUGGCCUCCAAGCUGCGCCCGCCCAGCACCUCGACCCCCGCAAGCCCCUCCGCACGCUCCACGCCGACCACCCCCGUCUCCGGCGCCAGCCCCCGGCCCAGAUACACCUCCGCACUGGCCGCCAAGGCGCCCUCGCCGCUCGGCUUCGCCGGCCACAGCCAUCUCCGCCGGACGCCCGACCUGUACUCCCGCGCCUACCCCGGAAUCCCCGACUCUCCCGGCAGCCCCUCCAGUUAA